AUGAAAGUAUUUACGGCACUAAUUCUUAUUGCUUUCGCAUUGGUCCUCGUGCAAGCACGACCACAAGGACCCCCACAGGGACCUGGAUGUCCUCCACCACCUCCACCGGACGGCGAGGGUGCUUCUCCUACACCAGGCGGUGAAGAUGCUUCAUCUCCUCCACCACCUCCACCGGGCGGCGAAGGUGCUCCUCCUCCACCUCCGCCACCAGCUGGUGAAAACGGUUUACCUCCACCACCACCAGAUAAUUCAACCACUGAAUCUUCUGUUUCUUCUUCAAGUGUAUCUUCCUCAAUAGAAUAA